AUGGCAUCUCUCCCAAAAGAAUAUAAGGCGGCUGUUUUUGAAGCCAAAGGUCAACCGCUGACCUUCAAGCAAAUCAAGCUUGAGCUGCCCAAGCCUGGAGAGGUUCUAGUCAAGGUGUUGGCAUGUGGUGUCUGCCACUCCGACGUCGUUGUCCAACAUGGCUUGUUCGGCAAUGGAUUCCCAAUCAUUCCUGGACACGAAGUCAUUGGCGAGGUGGCUGCGGUCCCAGAGGGAGAAACCCGCUGGACCGUGGGCGCACGAGUCGGCGCUCCGUGGCAUGGAGGCCACGAUGGAACGUGCACCCCUUGUCGACAAGGUCUGUUCCAGAUGUGUGAGAAAGAACAAAUCAACGGUGUCACACGGGACGGCGGGUAUGCCGAGUAUGUUACACUCCGUACCGAGGCGGUAGUAUCAGUCCCCGAAGAUGUUGACCCUGCCGCAUUCUGUCCAUUGCUCUGUGCUGGGGUGACCGUGUUCAAUUCAUUGCGCAAACAAAAUAUCGUUCCUGGAUCCCUUGUUGCUAUACAGGGCCUAGGCGGGCUUGGUCAUCUUGCGCUGCAAUACACUUCAAAGAUGGGAUACCGCACCGUUGCUAUCUCAAGUAGCCCAGAGAAGAAAGAGUUCGCCACGCAGCUGGGUGCGCAUGAAUACAUCGACGCAUCACAGGGAGACAUCGGCGAGCAGCUCCAAAAGUUGGGAGGAGCUUCAUGUAUCAUCUUCACGGCUCCAAACCAGAAACUCAUUCCCUCGCUCCUCCGGGGCUUAGGACCAUUGGGAAAGCUCCUCAUUCUAGCUGCCUCUGCCCCGGUCGAAGUCGACACAGCCUCCAUGAUCCGCUAUGGGUUGAGUCUUGUGGCUUGGCCCAGUGGUCAUGCGCUCGACAGUGAAGACGCGAUUUCCUUUGCAAGGGUUCAUGGUGUCAAUGUCCUGAUUGAGAAAUUCCCAUUGGACAACGCAAAUGAGGCCUUGCAGAAAAUGAUUGAUGGGAAGGUGAGAUUCCGAGGUGUCUUGAUCCCAUAG